AUGUACAAGAACCAGCUUCAGGAGCUGGCGCAGCGGAGCUGCUUCAACCUCCCUUCCUAUACUUGCAUUAGGGAAGGUCCCGACCACGCGCCGCGCUUCAAGGCCACCGUCAACUUCAACGGAAGAGAAGAAGAAGAAGACUGCAGGAGGCAAUGCGGAAGAUGUCACGGAAGAGUCAAGGACAGGUCAAAGCUUGGAUGGACUGAAGAAUUUGAGUAUUUGAACGGGAAGCAAGAUGAUCAAAAGGAGACACAAACCAGACCUUUCUCUAGUUUUGCCAGUUACUUGUCAAAUGAUCUUCUCUUGAGGAAUGUUGUAUGA